UUUACCUCGUGGAUUAUUAUUCUCAAGCUGCACAAUUCGGGGCGAUUUUUUUUAAUAAUUUCUUUCAACGUGAAUGUUGUGGUGAGGAAAAUAGCAUUUUGGUAUCAAGAUGGCGGAUGAACAACAAAACACUCUGCUUUCUGACGACACAAACUACCGACUGACGCUUCAAACAUACCUGAAAUAUAUGCAACAACUUCCCCCACAAAGAGAAUGGAUGAACACAAAACUUGCUCCUCGUCUUAGUGAAAUUUUUCAGAGUAAGAAUGUUCUCAAAGUGUUGGCUGUUGGUACUGGCUCAGGUGAAGUGGACAUUGAUUUUUUGGAUGUCAUUGUCAAGGUUGGAAAAGAGAAACAUGGAGAAGACUACAGUGUUGUAUACCAAGUUGUCGAGCCAAAUCCUUCCAACGUGAAAUUUUUUCGUGACGCUGUUACAGACAAGGAAAGCUACAGUAAAGUCAAAUUUAAUUGGUUUCAAGGUUUUUACGAGGAUUUCUUAGAAGAAUUCAAAAAAACAGAGAGUGAAGAAAAUAAGUUCGAUUUUGCUCACUUUGUGAGAUGUUUUUACCAUAUCGACAGUGUGAAAGGUCUGGACACUACUUAUCAGCAUUUCCUUGCGAAAAAUGGUAUCGUAGCUGUGGUAGGCGAAAAUGAAGAUGCUUUUUGGCCAAAGAAUAUGUUGUUUUUAAACGAUCAUGGUAUGAAGCACGAAUGCUUCACGUGCUCGGGCCCAGUUUCCCAAGCUUAUUUCUUACCUGGUUGGAUAUCGCAAGCAACAGAAAAGGGAUGGAAACACGAAACUUACACGCAUAGAUAUAAUUUCGAUGUUACGCCAAUGUUUGACGAAACAUCAAACAUCGGUAACUAUUUGAUUGAUUUUGCAACUCACGCGAAACAAGCUCGUAAAACUGUAAAGAAGGAAAUUUUGGAUGACUUUUUUGCAUUUUUAAAUAAAAAUAUUGUUGAAACAAAAAUCGAAGAAGAUGGGAAAGAGGUUAACAAAAAAUAUUUUCCAUGUCAACUAGGAGCUAUUAUAAUCACAAGAGAAUGAUGUAAAAGAAUAUAACAACGAAUAAAUAUAUGAAUGAUAAACCCC